AUUCACGAACUAUAAAGUUUUGGCAAAGAUUCUGUGAUUAAAAGUUCAUAGUUAAGAAUGGUUUUUGGCUUCAUUUUUCCAACACUUGGUGACAUGUUUCAGUUAGUACUAUUUUCCUGUCUUCUUGUUAAUUACUCCUAUGGAGAAACACAAGUUUCCAACACCAAAAAGAUUAUGAAAGUUGGAGCAAUCAUUGAUACUAAUUCUCGUAUUGGAAAACAACAAAGAGCAGCCAUGGAAAUUGCAGCUCAGAACUUCAACAACAGCUCGACGAAUCGAAAGCUUUCGCUUUAUUUCAAGGACUCCAGAAGAGAAAGUUCAGCUUCUUCUGCUAAACAAAUGAUUGAAGAAGAUAAAGUAGAAGUGAUUGUUGGCAUGGAGACAUGGCAUGAAGCAGCUUUAGUAGGAAAAGUAGGAAAUGAAACUCAAGUUCCAGUGAUUUCAUUAGCAGGACCAACCAUAAAACCUCCAUUAAUGCAGCUUCGAUGGCCUUUUUUGAUAACAAUGGCAGAUGAUGCUUCUACUGAGAUUAACUGUAUAGUUGAUCUUGUAAAGGCCUACAACUGGCAGAAGGUUAUAGUAAUUUAUGAAGAGGAUGAAUAUGGUGGUGGUGAGUAUGGAGCUGUUGCUCUUCUGAAUGAGGCUCUUCGAAACAUUGGUUCGGAGAUCGAAUACCGUUUGUUUCUUCCUCCCUAUUCAUCUCUUUCUGAUCCAAAAAUGUUUGUCCAAGAAAAGCUUAAGAAGCUUUCGUUUUCACAAUCACGAGCUUUCAUUGUUCUUCGUUCUUCUUUGCCUAUGGUGACUCAUUUGUUUGGAGAGGCCAAGAAAGAGAAGCUUUUAGAGACAGACUCAGCUUGGAUUAUCACAGAGAGUGUUACAAGUUUGCUGGACUCUGUUGAUAGCACUGUUAUUUCCUCCAUGAAAGGAAUUAUAGGUAUCAAAACUUACUACUCCAAAAGUACUAUUUCUUAUAAAGCUUUUCACUCGAAAUUCCAGCAAACUUUCUCAGAGAAUAAUCCACAAGAAGGUAAUUUGAACCCGGGAUAUAAAGCUUUACAAGCAUAUGAUAGUAUUCAAGUCAUUACUCAAGCCAUGGAGAAAAUGGCCAGCAACUUCAGUGGAAAAUUGUUAAUGGAAAACAUGUCUUCAGCUAACUUCGAUGGUUUAAGUGGCCAAAUAAGUUUCACAGAAGGGAAGUUUCAGCAUAAUCCAAUAUUUAGAAUAGUAAAUGUGGUUGAUAAUGGUGGCAAAGAACUAGACUUUUGGCAGCCAAAUUUCGGUUUCUCAAAAUGCCUUGUCAUAGAAGAAGAUAAGUUAGAGAAUAGGCUAGCUGAAGUUUGUAAAAGUUCUCAAGGCUUAUCUGGUUCGGUGGUUUGGCCUGGAAACUUGGUGCAUAGAACUCCACAUGGCUGGGCAAUGCCUACAUGUGAUAAGCCAUUGCAAAUUGUGGUUCCUAUUCAUACCCAAUUCAAGAAGUUUGUAACAGUUAAUGAGUCCAAUAAGAACUCAAAGGACGGGUAUGAUGGUUUCAGCAUACAAAUAUUAAAAAAUGUGACUUCCCAUUUGAAAUCAAACUAUAACCUGAGCCUCGAAUACAAAUUUGUAGCAUUAGAUGUUAGUGCACAUGAUGAGCUGAUUGAAGCUGUCUAUAACAAGAAAUACGAUGCAAUCGCAGCUGAUGUAACCAUUCUCGCGAAGCGAAUGAAGUCUGUCGAUUUCACUCAACCAUAUGCAGAAUCAGGACUUUCAAUGGUAGUUCCAAAGCCUAAAGAGUCAGCUUCGAUGUUCAUCAAGCCAUUCACAUGGGAUAUGUGGAUGGCAUCCGGCGCCAUCUUUGUUUACACCAUGUUCAUUGUUUGGUUCUUGGAGCACCCAACAAAUCCAGAAUUUAGAGGCACACUAAAAAACCAACUUGGGACCUCAAUAUCAUUCACAGUCUCCUCUCUCUUUUUUGCUCAAAAGGAAAAAGUUUACAGCAACAUAACUAGAGUGGUUGUCACAAUGUGGCUUCUUGCUGUGUUUAUCCUAACUGCUAGCUACACUGCCAGCCUAUCUUCAAUCCUCACCAUAAGACAACUUAAACCAGAUAUAGAUAUUGAGUGGCUACAAAAAAACAACAAGACAGUUGGUUGUGGUGAUGUGUUUGUAUGUGAAUACGUGAAGAAUGUGCUUGGUUUCAAACAAGAGAAGAUUGAAUCCAAAAUUAGCGACGAAGAUGAUUACUUAAAGCACUUUAAAGAGAAUAGCAUAGCUGCUGCAUUUCUUGAAGUUCCAUAUGAGAAAGUUUUCCUUAACAAGUAUUGCAAAGGAUACACAACCACACCAAGCAACUACAGAUUCGGAGGAUUGGCCUUUGCAUUUCAGAAAGGCUCUCCUAUAGCUAGAAUUGUUUCGAAAGCCAUUCUAGAGCUAAUCGAAAAUGGAAGUAUAGGACAGUUGGAAAGAAAGACACUUACUCCUUUAGAAGAAUGUUCUUCAACUAGCUCAACAAACAAAGAAACUGAUCAAAGUUUGAGCACCAAGAGCUUCUGGGGUAUCUAUCUUAUGUCUGGUGCAACUUCCACAAUCUGUUUUCUACUAGCUCUAAUUCGCCGGCUUAAGAAUUCUCAACCUCAUCACAAUCCUAACAAGCUGGUGAUGACACAUAAAGUUUAGUCUAUGUUUGUUACAGUACAUGGUUGCAUUGUCGAAAAUGUUGGAACAUUAUAAUCAUAUCAUUACUUAGUAAGACUUAAAAUAAAUGAAUGAGAAUCAACACUUUUACUAAGUAUAAAUAAAGACAUAUAAGUACAUAUCUCAACAAGCACCAGUGGUCUAGUGGUAGAAUAGUACCCUGCCACGGUACAGACCCGGGUUCGAUUCCCGGCUGGUGCAUUUGGGUUCGAUUCAUGUGAACUGUGAUGAAUAUUGCGCCUCCGUGAUGGUUGGGUCCAUCGCCACUCUCUGAUCUCCAAGAUGAGAUGUGCGCUUCUGAGUUC